UAAUAGAGUUGGAAGUGCAGAAAUGGAGAGUGAAAGCGAAAGAGUUAAGCAGAAGAUGGAGGUCUUGGAUAUCCUCAAAGAAGCUGUAACGAUCUAUGUAACAAACAUCAACUUCAUCGUCUUCACCUUUCUCACUUCUCUUCCUUUCUAUUGUGUCAUGGUUUACUUUGAAAUUUUGUUCCAGAAAACUAUGGUUGAGACCCCAGAAAUUAUCUCACUUCUCCCUUUUUACGAAAAAUAUCAGGGUUAUACAAUUAUUGAAUUUUACUCCGACAAUGACAUCCCUGUUAGAAGUUUUAGUAAGGAUUGUUUGCCUGUUUUGAUUCAACUUGGAUUCAUUUACUUGGUGCCUCUUCAUGUUCUAGAACUCUGUUCUGCAGUUGUAACUAUGGAUUUGGCUUCAACGCUUCGCUCCGAAGAGCAUAACAUGAGUCUCAAGCAGAUGUUUCAAAAAUCCAUUGACAUGACUUUGUUUAAGGUUGUCCUGUGUCUUCCUUGGAUGCUAUAAAGGAGGGAAUGGAAUUUUUCUGCAAAUUGGGCUCCUCACUGUGGUAAAUACACUGAAAUGGGUGUCGUGCGUGAUUUACUUUGAUGAUUGGAAGGCGAGGAAAAUGGAGAAGAAAGUUGAUGAGGA